AUGUCUAUUUUCCUUUGUUUCCUGAUCUUUCUCUUCCCUCUCUCUUUAUUAUUCUUUAAAGAGCUUUCAUCAUCGAAAGGGAAGCUUCCUCCAGGACCAAUGGGUCUUCCGAUCAUAGGAAACUUACACCAGUUAGGAAGAUUUCUUCAUAGAUCUCUUCACAAACUCUCCUUAGAACAUGGACCAGUCAUGCUUCUCCAUUUCGGGGUCGUCCCUGUGGUCGUGCUCUCCUCUAAAGAAGCAGCUAAAGAAGUUCUAAAGACUCAUGACCUAGAGACUUGCACCCGACCUAAGAUGGUCGCGACCGGGUUGUUUACUUACAAUUUCAAAGACAUUGGUUUCACUCAGUAUGGCGAGGACUGGCGAGAGAUGAAAAAGCUCGUGGGGCUCGAGCUCUUUAGUCCUAAAAAACAAAAGUCUUUCAAGUGUAUCAGAGCGGAAGAGAGUGACAUGCUGCUCAAGAAAUUAUCAGAAUCUGCUCAAACACAAACCUUGGUGGAUUUGGAUAAAGCCCUUUUCUCCUUCACCGGAGGUAUCAUAUUUAGGCUCGCCUUUGGACAGAACUUCCGCGACUGCGAUUUCAUCGAUAUGGAGAGAGUCGAAGAGCUCGUGGUAGAGUCAGAGAGCAACGUAGGCACCUUGGCAUUUACUGACUUCUUCCCCACGGGUCUCGGAUGGCUUAUGGACCGGAUCUCUGGUCAGCACUCGAGGAUGAUAAAAGUCUUUACCAAACUUUCAAAUUUCUUUCAACAUGUGAUUGAUGAUCAUUUGAAGACAGAACAACACCAAGAUCACUCAGACCUAGUUAGUGCCAUGUUGGAUAUGAUCAAUAAACCCACCAAAUACGGUUCUUUCAAAAUCACUUCGGAUCAUCUCAAAGGAGUCAUGUCAGAUGUGUUUUUGGCGGGAGUGAACGCGGGAGUUAUCACUAUGAUAUGGACGAUGACAGAGCUAAUUAGACAUCCGAGAGUGAUGAAGAAACUCCAAGAAGAGAUUCGAGCAACACUCGGACCCAACAAAGAGAAAAUCACAGAAGAAGAUCUAGACAGAAUUGAGUACUUAAAGUUUGUAAUCGAGGAAACAUUCAGAUUACACCCACCAGCUCCUCUCUUGCUCCCAAGACUAACAAUGUCCGAAAUCAAGAUUCAAGGCUACAGCAUUCCCAAGAACACAAUGAUACAAGUCAACACUUACGCGAUAGGACGUGAUCCAAAAUGUUGGACUAACCCCGAAGAAUUUAUUCCUGAGAGGUUUUUCAAUACAUCCAUCAACUACAAAGGUCAGAAUUUCGAGCUCUUGCCCUUUGGAGCUGGCCGUAGAAGCUGUCCCGGGAUGGCUUUGGGGAUCACCAUUGUCGAGCUAUGCCUUCUUGAUCUUCUUUAUUUCUUCAACUGGGGUUUGCCAGAUGGAAUGAACAUUGAAGACAUUGACAUGGAAGAAGUUGGAACGAUAAACAUCGCCAAGAAAGUCCCUCUUGAGCUCGUACCAACGCUUUAUCACUCGUGA